GAGAGAGAGAUUAUCUGGAAGAGGAGAGAGGAAGUAGUGGCCAGAGAGAAGGCUGAGGAGCUGGAGCGGCAGAAGCUCGCUGACUACAUUGUGUGGAGAAAAAGAGAGGACUUCCAAGAGAAGCGCACAGACAGAGAAAAAGGAAUCAAAAGUGUAGCGAAUGGCAAAGAGCCAGAAGUAAUCUGGAAGAGGAGGGAUGAGGAGGAGUCCAGGGAGCAGGCACAGGCGAUUCAGAGAGGCCAUGAGAUAGUGUGGAGGAAGAGAGAGAGGGAGUGAAGAGAGGGAGAGCUUUGGAACAUGGUGACUACCUGUCACUGCAAAGUAGUCAUACACCAUGAUGUCUCUUUCUAAUCUUUAGCCAUUCUGGGCAUCAUUGCACUCUGCAAGUUCAAAAUCAACCAAUCGGUGCUGUGCAUUGUUUGUUGCUAGGUGUUGCCAGUGUGCGGCGCUCUGUGAGAGCUCCUCGUUGGCUGAUAAUAGGAUUUUUAUGAGCCUGUGACGAGCAGGAAGGAGCUGCCAAGAGGAGUCUUCACAAAUGCAUCUGCGCACAUGCCAACACACACACGUAAUCCUAGUGCAUGAAGACUUCAGCCCUCAGUGUGAGCGCUGAGAGACAAUCACUUGUGUCGAUUCUCUAUGGUGCUGGUAACAGCUGGAAAAGUCUCUCUUUGAGAGCAUUUGAAAUCAAAUAUUUCACAGAUAUAGUUUUACCAACAGAACUCAGAGAUGAGCAUUCUAUGGAGCUAAGAUCGUGCCAUCAACCUUCAAGAUCAGGACCAGCCUCGCUGACUGAACUGUUGACAACAUGUUCAGAGCUGUUGCACUAACAUCUCUGCUUCUGUAUUGUACCAUUAACUGGGGCAGCCUACUUUCACCUUCAGUAACUGUUCUUCUGUUGUGGACACAAAAUUCUGUGGUCGCCCCUUUGGCUGCUGGUUAAUGAGCAGAGGAGUCGUAACCAGACAGAUGGAUGAGUCUCUUGCUCUCAGCGCCAAAAACAGAUGGCAAGGCAUCUUUCUCGAGAAAAACUUUUAAAACAGAAGCAAAACUUCUUAAAUGAGUAGCUGCACAGUGGAUUCUCAUGAAUGCAAAAACUGACACUGCACAUUCAUAAUGGAGCUUGUCCCAAAAACCAAGUACACCCACUUUCGCAGUGAAUCUCUGAGCUCCACCGAUGAAACCAACUCUAACCCAUCGCCGUUUCCCGCCUGCAGCCCGACCACACCUCUCACCCCCUCUCCAGGCCUGCCCUCGUCCCUGUCCUCCUCCUCUCUCACGCCCAUGCUCCCCCCGGCCUCCCCACGCCAAGCCGAGAACAGUCCCACCACAUUGUGCUCCUUCUUCCCCAGGAUGGCCUCUCUGCGCCUGGGAGUCUCUGCCACUCUACUCCCAGGUCUCAGGGCCAUGGGCAGGCCGCAGAACCUCCCUCCAGCACCUGUUGAGUCUGUGGGAGAGGAGAGGAGCAGCCCGGGCUCCUCCUCCUCCCCUCCUCCUCACCUCUCUGUCCCAGUACUAACCGCCCCCUCUCCCCCUCCUCGCCCCCCUCUGCAGGACAUGAACCGGCUGGGAGUGGCGUCCAGGCGGGCCCGCGUGGAAGGGGGGCAGCUGGGGGGAGAUGAGUGGACGCGCCAUGGCUCCUUUGUCAACAAGCCCACCCGCGGCUGGCUCCACUCCGACAAUGUGGUCAGCACCUCCGGCGUCUCCUACAGUGUACGGUACAUGGGCUGUGUGGAGGUGCUUCAGUCCAUGCGGGCCUUAGACUUCAACACCAGAACGCAGGUCACCAGGGAGGCCAUCUCUGUGGUGUGUGAAGCCGUUCCAGGAGCCAAAGGAGCCCAGCGCAGGAGAAAGCCUUCUUCUCGUUGCCUAUCGUCCAUCCUUGGCAAGAGUAACCUGCAGUUUGCUGGCAUGACAAUCAGCCUCACCAUCUCGACCAGCAGCCUCAACCUGCUGGCCUCAGACUGCAAACAGAUAAUCGCCAAUCAUCACAUGCAGUCCAUCUCCUUCGCCUCUGGAGGAGACCCCGAUACAGCUGAAUACGUAGCAUAUGUGGCCAAAGACCCCGUCAACCAGCGAGCGUGCCACAUCCUGGAGUGCUCUGAGGGCUUAGCUCAGGAGGUCAUCAGCACCAUCGGUCAGGCUUUCGAACUGCGCUUCAAACAAUACCUGAAGAAUCCACCCAAAUUAGUCACUCCACACGACAGGAUGGCCCCAUUCGAUGGUUCAGCCUGGGAGGAGGAGGAUGAAGAGCCUCCUCCUCCUCCUCCUGAUGUCCCGUACUACAAUAACUUCCCCGGGAAACAGCCGCCCCCUGGUGGACUGAUCGAUAUGAGGACGCGCCCCGGGGCCACUCUGCCGUAUGGACAGCCAGGUCAGACUGACAUUCACAAACAGCCGCUCCCUCCUCUACCAGUGGGUGCCAAAGAAGGUGGACUUUUCGAUGAUCCUUCGUAUGUGAAUGUGGAUAAACCUCGUGCUCCCGCUGCGUCCAAUGGAAACGCACACAGAGAUGCUUUUGACAUGAAACCGUUUGAUGACGCUUUGGGAGUCUCUGGGUAUCCGAGUGCCUCUACAGCAGCGCCCCCUCUGGUGGAGCAGCUGCAGUGCGAGACGUGGUUCCACGGCAGUAUGAGUCGCAGAGAGGCCGAGCGGCUGCUGACCAGAGAUGGGGACUUCUUGGUGAGAGAGUCCGGGACCACUCCGGGCCAGUACGUCCUGACGGGGCAGCAGGGGGGGCAGCCCAAGCACCUGCUGCUGGUGGACCCCGAGGGAGUGGUGCGCACCAAAGACCACCGGUUUGAAAGUGUGAGUCACCUGAUCAGUUACCACAUGGAUAACAGACUGCCCAUUGUAUCAGCUGGGAGUGAAGUGUGUCUGCAGCAGCCAGUGGAGCGCAGAACCUGAUGCACCAAAAACAUCACCAAAAAUAAAUAAAUCUCCACAAACAGUGCAUCUACACCUGCUCUGGUGUCCAUAGCAACACUACGCUAGAACUCAUCUCCACUCCGCACUGCAAAAAAAUGCCAAAAGAAAAAGAAUUCACUCUCUGCUGCUGCUUUGACAUAUCCAUUUGUUUAAAAAGCCAAACUCUGUCCACCAUUCCACCAACUGUGACCACACCAGCCCUGAACGUGUGGGCGCAACGCUGCAACUCCAUCAGCCAACUGUGAAGCAGAGGGGGACACCUUUGCAAUGUUCACAAUUGAGCAGAAAACAAGGAAAUGAAUGCAAAUCUGGAGUGUACGAGGAGAAAUUGUGCAAAGAUUUUCUAGGAUUAAGAAAAGGACCUGACGUAAGAGUGCUUUAUGGGAGAAACGCUCUCCUCAGACUGUUGCUGUGGGUAAUCGGUAAACAACGGUUAUUUAAAGAGACUGUUUGGGACUGGUGAAUAUGUAUCAGCGAGUUUCUUCCAAUUUAAUCAGGAGUGCCCUCUACUGUUGAACUUUGACCCUGGAGUAAACCUGGUGUAGAGCCUAACCUGUAUGCAAAGUGGAGAGUGCUAUGCCAAUAAGCAUCAUUAUUAUUAUUUCUUGAAACAUUUUACUUUUGGGAGGAUCUGUACUAAUUUACUCAAUAUAGACUUGAGAAACAGCACUUGCAUCAAAAAAAAUAUAUAUACUUGCUUAAUGAAGUUCCCAUGGUAAUUCCCGGUAUAAAGCAAGAGCUAAACGGUUGCUAAUGUGUCUUCAUUGGGUUUCAGAUUGAGUGGUUAAAAAUCCUCAAAACGGCGCCCAAAUAGGAAGCAGAAACCCAUAUAUUGGUCCUAUCUUCAAAAAUAGCGUUUCAAUUUAUUUGUCCACAAACAAACAUUUAAAUUGACAUUUUAUUGUGCGUAUGUUUGCAUUGACAAUCUUUGGGUUAAAUCGUUUGAGGAUUAUUUGUACAAACAUGGAGCGAUUCAUGUAAAAUGGCAUAGAUUUUUUUUAAAGUCAAAGCAAUGUGUAUUUGUAAGUCUAAGCAAUUGAAAUUCCUCUGCAAAAACAGUGACAACGACUAUGCCAUAGCAACGGUUUACUCUGUAUCAUGGUGUUUUGUGAAAUGAGGGAUUGUUUAGCUUUAGACGUUAUGAAUGAAUGUGGCUUGGCUUAAUUAACAUAAGUGUUUGUGGAGAACUGCUAAUGACAAGACUCAAAGCCAAAUGUUGUUCCUCUGUGUGCUGUUUUCACAAAGUGUUGCAAUGGGGAGUAUAUGUGCUCACUGUAGCCUCUCCUCCUCUCUUCAUUGUAAAAAGUAUUAUCUAGACAGAUCAAAUGACCUGAAUUGACAAUGUUUUAUUUUGAUUUGAGUAGAAUGUAAUUAUCAUCCCAAAGAUUUGUUCUUACUUCAAGCAAAAAUAGUGUUUUAAAUGUAUUACUUUUCUUAUUUCAACUGCAAAUAGUGACUUUUAUUAAGUGCACCAAGUUAUAAUUAUAAUUUAAAUACAAUUAUUCUUAUUCCACUUCACAGAAAACUUCAAUAAGUCAAAUCCACUCAAAUCAAGAUACAUUAAUUCAAGUGUGUUUAAUUAACUUGCCCAGAUAUUACUUUUUGCAGUGUUUUUAUGUUUCAUGUUGUUUUUAUAACCUUUUUAAUUGUGCCUUGUUUCUUCAAUGCAGUCACUCCGAUGCAGUCACCUUGUGUACUUAACCCAAAUGUAGUUCACUGCAGGAGACUCUCUCAGUAAAAACCACAACGCAAAAACUUCAAAAUCUUCAAAACCAGUCCGUGAUGGCAAUCUCACACAGUGCACGUCCUGCAUUCAGCAUACAGCCACAGAUACUUGAUGUCACCGUUGGAGGGAUAUUUCUGAGAUAAUUUGUAAAUAGCAUUUUUGGUUGUUGAGCUUUGUAUUUGCGCUGGACACUUCAUUUUACACUUGUGUAUUAUAAAUCAGAGCUAGUCGCCACAGCAUAUAAGGUGGCUCUUGAAGUUCACCUAAAGACAUGCUAUGUAAUUUUCAGGUGGGGUUCAUUUGCUUGUCGCCAUGGAGAUGUUAUUGCUUUGCCUGGAAUUAUGGCAUUAAAUCUAUCUUGCAUUUAUUCAGUUCAAAGCGUUCAGGUGUUCAAUCUCACUCUUCACAGAUAUGACCUGUAACUUUGCCAACUGGCAUCAUUUUCUAUGGAUAAAGGCAAAGCAAUAACAUCUCUAUGGAGACAAGAGGGUGGCAGAUCUUCCACCAGAAAAGUUACACAGUGCACCUUUAAAUGUCAAAGUGUGUGAGACAAGUGGAUACAAUCUUGACAAGGGAUUUUUUGACCAUCGAGAAGCUUUCAGGGCCGGAGUGGGAUCAUGUGUAAAACCGACAUCAACACUUUGAUAUCAGAGGGUCAGCUGGGUCAGCCACACACAGACUAUGCAGUGGGGAAGGGACAAAAUCUCGUGCCACAAGAUUUUACAAGAAAAUGAGUGGCCUAAAGUGUGAACUGAACUUACUGUAAAUUAUGUCAAAAUCUUUUCUUGUCUUGAUUGUCUCGUCCCAUUCCUACUAUGCAGUAAAUAUUGUUUAAUAAAAAAAUAUCAGAAGUUAGGACUGCUCAGUUAUAGUAAAAAAAAAAAUCUAAAUUAUGAUUAUUUGAGUCAGAAUUUAAAUCAUAUUUUUUAAACUCUUGAGUAUAUUGUCAAAUUUAAACCAAAAAAGGAAGAAUAUACUUUAUAUAUUUUUUAGAUAUUCAUGUUUAAAAGCCUCUGUAGAUUAGCAAAGUGACUUUACUCCUAGAACAAUCACCCAUAUCAUUCAAAACAUUUCUUCUGUUUACACGUUUAUAGUCGAAUGGUUCAAUAAUUGUGAAAUUCAUAAACAGUAUGAUUAGUAAUUGAGCAGCCCUAUCAGAAGUUCUACACUGCUUUUACGGUCAGUUUGUGGUUGAGAUGUUAAAAUGGACCCACCUGCCUCUGCUCCAUCUGUGACUAUGGCGUUCGUGUUGUUUCACAGUUGCCUUUGUUGCAUGAAACUUUUUGGACGUUCUUGCUCUUGUUGUUAAUGUGGGUGGUGGUAUUGUUGAUAAUGCUGUUGUAAUUUUAAUUGUUUGAAAGCCAAAGGUUACUUUCAACUCGUGUGCACAGAUCUUGAUUUUUACUUUAUAUGUUUUAAUACUUUCGGGGAGAAAUGUGUCUGUAUCUGAAAAUAGAUUGCAUAUAUAAAUACAUUGUAUCAUCAA